AUGUUACCAACAGUUUCAUCAAUAAACAGAGUUUUAAGAAAUUUGGCAGCCAAAAAAGAACAACAGGCUAUGCAAGAAGAUUUUUACGGACGAGCGUUAAGAUAUUCAUCGUCCCAAUGGUAUAACCAAUGGCCAAUGGGUAUGUCGGCCGGAUCAGUUGGUAUUACGCCAUUUGCAUCGUUCUCGCAAAAUAAUCAUAUGGACAAAAAGGAAACA